AUGGGUGCUACUCUCCACUAUGCCAUCGGCGGAACAUUCGUCACCACUGCUCUAAUUAUGGGGAUGGCUUGUGUCAUUGUCUUCAGCGUAGUCAGUGACAUCAACGAUUUUCAAACAGAAAUCGAAGAGGAUCUCGACCAAUUCAGAAAUUUUGCUGACGACGCUUGGAAGAUAAUGAUGGAAAGACAACACACAAUUGAUUCCAUUCUGAGACUCAAACGAGCUUCUUACUCGGAAGGAACAGCUGGGUAUGGAGGUGGCAGUGGAAACUGGGCAGGAAGUGGUGGUAGCAGUGGCGGAUGUCAAUGUGCUGCUCAAGCUAGCGGCUGCCCUCACGGUCCUCCAGGCCCACCUGGAUUGCCUGGACACCCUGGAGAAGAUGGCGCACCAGGAAGACCCGGCGGAGCAGGACAAAGUGGACAUGCUGCGCAAAUGGGACAUUUAUCGGGAUGUAUCAGAUGCCCAGCCGGACCACCAGGGCCACCUGGACCAAGUGGUGCACCAGGAGCAGCAGGCCCAAGCGGAAACCCAGGACGAGAUGGACACGGCGGAGCAGGAGGUGCCCCCGGACCUGCUGGAGCUCCUGGAGCACCCGGAGCUAAUGGAAACCCGGGAAGACCUGGACAAGAUGGAGCUCCCGGAUCACCAGGAACCCGCUCACACUCAGCACCUGGCCCAGCUGGACCACCAGGACCACCAGGAGCACCAGGACAGCCCGGUCAAGACGGAGGACACGGAGGCGCUGGAGCACCCGGACCUGCAGGGGCACCAGGACCAGCCGGACAUCCUGGAGCACCGGGAGCAGCUGGAGGUGCAGGACAGGCUGGAUCCAAUGGAUCACCAGGACGUGAUGGAGCAUAUUGUCCCUGCCCUCCAAGGACUGGUUCAUUCGGCGGUGCCGUUGGAGCUGGCGGUAGUGGAGCCGGUUUUGGUGGAAGCAAUAACGGAUUCCAGGUCACCACCGUACUCCAAGGAAAUGCCAAUGCCAAUGGGCCGUUCAAGAACCGCGUUCUUUAG